GGGCCCGCUACCGUACUGCCGCGCAUACGGGCGCACCGACUCUUUCCGCUACGCCCGCCGCGCAGUGCAGUGCAGGACCCCGAAAACUGCAGGCGGGCACGACUUUCGGCGUGCGUUGUCUUCGCUCCGAAACCCUCCCCGAGGGCGCUAUUUAAGUUGGGACGCAGGUUUUGAGCAUUUCUGCACCUACGGACGGUCUCAUGUUGUGACAAAAAUGCCGGCUGGCGUAGUACACCCUUAAAAUAACCAAGGUUUCCCCACCCCCACCGUGGUUUUUAUUGCAUCUCGGACCUUAAUGAUUUAACUGGACCAAUUUCAAGUUGUUCUUGAAGUCUUCGAGCGGUUUCAUAUUGACAAAGGAAAGUUUUAGACCCACCAGUCAAUUUUGUUUUUAUUGAAACUCGCAGGAGCCCGGGAGCACUCGAGAAUCGGUGUUAUCCGAGACAACUUCGAUAAUACAUUUCUGAACACGCAAUAACACACAUUUUACAAUCGGUACACACACUAUGCCCCAAGUGUUGAUUGUACACCUACGGAACGAUUAUUGGUACUGCUCAAUCAUCCAUCACGUUUUAAUGCGAAGAGGCUGAUUAUAAAUUCUUCUUCUGAUAACAUUCGGACUAGUCUGAAAUGUAGGCGGGUGUUAUUUUUGGGAGGAAACUUUUGUGGAAAAACUUUAUGGAUUCGCUUCUUUGUCCGUUUACACGGUACACCGAACCGCCCAUCCCAAGUGUUAAAAACAAACCUUUAAGUCCCACCUCAGGAAAAAAGUGACAGCGCCGACUAAUGGACACGGCAGUGUAUAACUUCACUGCUAUAGGGAUAUGUAGGCACAUCAUUCAAAUCUGAGUUGAUCAUUACAGUUUUAAACCAAAUAGGACUAAUUUGAUGGUUUGAGUCUAAAACUAUGGUGUCUUUGUCUUUCACAUACCAAAUACACAAAAUAUACUGUUUCAGCCCGUCGUUACACAAUCAGAUCCGAAAGCGGAAAGGCCUAAACGAGUUUAAUGUGCUGACUAGCAGGGAAUAAAAUCAGGAAUUCAGCUGUGAAAGCGUGCAGAUGUAUUCGGGUUCCCCUGCAAAACGAUAACCAGGGCUGUCUUUUACCGAAACACUGUUCAGACCUGAUAAAUAAAAUCGACCGGGUGACUAACAGCGACGAGCUUCCUCGUGGGAUGGAGUGUCCUAAUUUUGCAAAAGCUUUGCAAUGUCCUUAUGAACAUGAAAUGAUAACCUGAACUAGAGAAGCGUCGAUAUUUCUGUCCUGGAUACGGUGUAGCUACAGGGCGCUUUGCUCACACCUCCCCGCUAGGCGCGCUCUAGUCGAAGCGCACGUCUGGUUUCAGGCCACACGCUUGUUUUGAUCGUGGUGUUGAUGGCCUCCGCUGCCGUGCAACCCAGAAGGAGUGAAAGUUAGCAUUGUGCGCCCGGAAAAUGCCUCGGAAGAAGAAAAGCGCCCAGAGCCCGGCCAGGGUGCCGAACCCGAGCGCCGGCGAAGGCGGCAGCGUUACGGGGAAAGACGGAGCGAUGUCGCGGAGGUUUGGCACGGAGCCCCCCAGCUCCAGCUCGGGCAGAGAAGAAAUCCUGAACCGCAUGAGGGAGAUGUUUUGGCACCUGGACCCCGAAGUCAUUUAUAUCGUUCUGUCCGAGUGCGAUUUCCAAGCUGAAGCGGCGAUGGACUCCCUCCUCAUGCUGUCUACCGCCGCGGAGGGGGCUUCCCCUGCCUGCUGCCCCCUGGGCUUCGAGUCCACCACGGCGCUUUUACCUCCCGGCCCCCCAGCUGGGGCCCACGCCUCCCGAGCCGUGGAGACGAGCCCCCCCACCGUCGCCACCGCCGCCGCCUCACAGGCCAGCCUGCGGGACCUGGACGCGAUCGGGACGCACCUGACCGAGGACUUUGACGAGCUGAUAGACAGUGAGUUCCGGGCUCUGGCGAAGGAGCCGUUCGACGGCGCUGUCCAGCCUGCCGAGGAUUCGGGUGUCAGCAGCGAGCAUCCGGGGCCGAUCAUGUCCGGCACGGCCAGCAGGUCCACCCCAGAAUGGCAGCAAGACAGGGGCAAGGGCCCCAAGCAGCAAGAGCUUGUGCCAAGCUGUUCCCCAGCGAGCGGGCUGAGUUUAACCGGGGCAGGGUAUUGCCCCGGAGAGACCACUUUCCUCGACUUCAGCCACCUGGCGCUGGAGCCUGAGAGCAGCAGGCAAGCGGCGCUGGACUUGGGGGAUAGCGGGAGACCCUCUGCCUUCCAGGCGUACAAGAGCUCCAGACCUCCUCGCGCGCCCCCUGCUGGUGGUGGGGAGGGCAGCAGCCCGAAUGGGAGCGAGCUGGGGGAGGCGGAGCAGGGGACGGGCCACGGCUCGGAGACCCGCGCUGCGGACCGGUCCCUGAGGUCGCCGGCCGCGCCCGUGAUCUGGAACACCCAGGCCCCGGAGUUCCAGCCGCGCAGCAGAGCUCCCGCCUUCGUCACCCCCCUGGCGGCCGAUCCGGGGCACUGGAGGCCCGGUUCCGACCCGGGAGCCGGCGGCCGGGCGCCUCCCUUCAGACCGCCCGCCCCUAUCCCAGCAUCCCGGGCCCUGCCGGCGCCGCCCCGGCCUCCACUGCACGGCUCUGGGAAGAUACCGGUCCUGGUGGGCCGGGUUCUCGUCCUGCUGAGGGGUGCGCCCGGGUCCGGAAAGUCCACCUUGGCCAGGAACCUUCUAGAACAGAACCCCGGGGGUGUCGUCUUGAGCACCGAUGACUACUUCUGCCGCAACGGAGGUUACAGGUUCAACUCCUCCUCCUUGGAGAAGGCGCACGAGUGGAACCACAGACAAGCCAAAGAAACGUUUGAAAAGGGAGUCUCUCCAAUCAUAAUUGAUAACACGAACAUGCAAGGUUGGGAAAUGAAACCGUAUGUUGCUAUGGCUCUCCGGUACAAAUACAGAGUCAUGUUCCGGGAGCCAGACAACUGGUGGAAGACCAAGCCACGAGAGUUAGAAAGACGCACCAAGCACGGGGUGAAAAAGGAGAAGAUCAAAUGGAUGCUGGAGCACUACGAGCGCUACGUCACUGUGCAGACCAUCAUGGGCUCUGAACCUCCCAGUGGAGAGGAAGAGAGAAACAGUGUGCCUCUCUCCCAGGAAGAGACCUCCGUUCCUGAAGCCGCGAAAGUGGAGGCGGGGCCUGACCUUGUGGAGGAGCGCCACUCCGAACAAAGUUCAGGGGAAAGCGACCUGCAGCCCCUCCCCCGACCCGAAGCAUCUGCCGCGGGAGAAGGAGCCGCCCAAGAAGAGGGCCUGUGCCAGCGCGAGCCCGCCCAUUCUCUCGGCCCCCAGGCCCGUGCGCGGAUGGAAGACCCGAUGGGCCCAGAUCUGCGGUCGCCGGGGCCGAUAGACGCCUCUGCCUCGGGAGCCGAGGCGGCCGUGUCGUCGGCCGGUGGAGGUGGAAGUCAGGCCGUCGGCAACAAGCGCGCUGAGACGGGAUGGGGCGCCGGUGUGGUGGAGUGGGAUGCUCGCGAGCCUCCGACGGCGUUCUUCGAAUCCAUCAGACAGAGAGUGAGGCGGAAGAGAGGGAGCCGGCAGGGCGGGCGGAAUGGCGAUGUGAGCGGUGGCGGUGAUGCUGCUGAGGGGACGCGCGGGAGCGAGCGAGGAAACGGGUUAGCAGGUACCCCCGAUCGACAGGGUGUCAGGCCAGAACUGUUAAGUUUCGUUGGGGACUGGCCCUCGGGACCGGUACUGGAACAGCGGCGGCGAAGGCCGAAGAAGGCGUCGGCGACACAGGAAUCAAGUGACGAGUCUGACAGCUCCAGAGAGAGAGGCGGAGAAGGGAAAGAGCUUCUGGAUCUGCUGGACCUCCUGCGGGCGGGGCCAGACGGGACCCGAAACCCUCACACCCUCUCGCCAGGUUCCCCGGAUUUGGAGACUUUUGCGCAGAACUCCCACUCUGAAAGUUUGAGUUUGGAAACCAGCCCCCACCCCGAAGAGCCAGGUGGCGAUGCUGUCCUUGACGUGGGUGCGACAAACUCGGUCUACACCCAGCCAGUCGCCGACACGAGACCAGAGCUUUUGGACUCUGCUGCAGAUUGGCUGACCAGUGCGCCGCUGGUAGAACAGUCUGGGAAGAGUCCAAUCACACGGGAGCAGGCAAGAGUUGAGUUAUGGGCACCUGGGGAAAGCAACACUGGGACAACUGAUGAAAAAGAAGGUCAAACAGAUGUAGCUAGCGGAGAAACAGAGGAGACUGGGAGUUCUGUGGACUGCCACUCUGAAAUCUCUUGCCAAAAUCAGACAGCCCCACCUGGAGCUAGCAAGUGCCUGCCUGCGGAUAGCCAAGACCGAAAAUCAACGGAAAGCGGAAGAGGAGGAAAAAUGUGCAGAUUGGCACCGACGUUUCCGAAUAACUGCCCCGCUUCUCCAGAGUCCUCGAAAGAUUCUCCUCGGGCGACCCCGUUUGACAGUGCUGCUCCAGACAGCACUGCUAGCAUCUCGACCCAGACGAUGCCACACGAUUUCACUCUGCUCUGGAAGGCCAACAAACACGGUUUGGAUGUUUCUGGGCUGGUGGUGUUUCAGGGGAAUUCCACCAACUUUCAGCCAAAGCCCGCGGUGAGUCUCGAGAGCCAGGAAGUGCCCUACAGGGUUGUGCACGAUAAAGGCACGCAAGUGGAAGAAACCGAGUUAAGCACCGAAGACAAGCUGAAAAACCUACAAAUCCUCAGUGAGCACUUUAAAUUGGUGUCCUUUGACGUCUUGAAGGACCUGUACGAGAAAUGCAACCAGGACAUGGAGUGGACCACUAAUUUGCUGUUAGAUUCCGGUGAGCAGCUUUUCAAAGAAGAUGAGAUACUGUGUCCCGACCAGGUGAGGAGACAGCCUGAGCUGUGGUCCGUGGGAGGUUCCGAUUCUGAUGCCUGGCCCUGCGCGCAGUGGGAUGACUCAAGCGUUCAGAGUGUCCCUGGUGACCAGCAUUCAAGAACACCGGCAGAGGUAACUAGCAGUGAUGUCGGAGAUGCUAAGGAUGAAGGGAGUCCUGGUCUUGCGUCUUCUCUGGAGCUUCUGGAUGAAUGCUGUCAUGGGGAAAGGGGCUGGCGGCAAGUUGUGGAGGGCUGCCCGAGUGAGCUGCCCACAGAGGCAGUAGAGCAUUCUGUCGGUCAGUCCACAGCUGAGCCCAGCGACCGUGAGCAGCCGCCCGAGCUGAAGCCAACAGAGGGAGGAGGUGAAAGGGAGGACAAAUCCAAGACUCAGAAUCCAAGCGAGCUGGAUGAAAUACUAGAUCUGCAUGAAAAUCUGGGCGCAGGCCUGGGUGCGCUUGAUGAGGCAGAGGGCUGUGGGGCGGUGCCGGAGGAAUGGGCUGAGGCAGGGGCACUCCUGGCUCCUCCUAGUUCUGUUCCGGCCCCUGAAGUGAGGAAAGAACACAGUCCGGCCAAGCAGCCACCUGAGAGGACGCAGCAGGCGCUUGAUAUCGAGACCCUGGAGCUGCGCUUACCCGCUGAACUGGCCUUCCAGCUCAGCGACCUGUUUGGAUCUGUGGGCAUUGACCCGGGGGCUUUAUCUUUAGAAGAUUGUGUUGUCCAAAUUGACCUGAACCUGGCAAAACUGCUGCACCAGAAAUGGAAGGAUACUAUUCAGGAGCGCCAGAGGCAGGCAGCUCUCUCCUACCAGCUGCUGGAAGAAAGUGCUGGGCUGUGGAUCGACUCCCAGACUGACAGACUAAGGAGAACUGGUUGGAGUCCUGUCUUUCCCGGGGCUGCUGGCCAGUCAGAGCCCCCGGACAGCGUUCUGUUCAUGGACCACUGGAGCACCCCGAUGCCCCACGUCUCCCUCAGGGACAUCAUGCUGGAGGAGCAGGCCCUGCAAGAGCACUUGGAGAAGUCAAAGCUGAACAGGGACCUGGACAGAAAAAACGGAGCCGCCCUGUUAAAAGAGCAGGAGCUUUAUAAGAUGUUUCCUACCAUAGACCGCCACUUUCUCCUGGACAUCUUCAGGGACAACAACUACUCUCUGGAACAGACGGAGCAGUUUUUGAAAUCUGUGCUGGAUGAGGGCCCUGUGAAGACAGUGGUGGCCCAGGAUGUCGCCCAGCGUGUUGAGACCCAGAGGCCCCUGGUCAAGGAGAAGAAGAAGGCGGCGAGGGAGACGGAGGCGGCCGGGCUGUUCCAGGACACGGAAGACCCGGACUACGCCGACUUCCGAGCGGAGGCCAUCCUGCAGCACCGGAAGCAGCAGGAGUGCUUCAGCAAGGCGGCGGAGGCCUACAGGCAGGGCAUGAAGGACGUGGCCACUUUCUACGCCCAGCAGGGUCAUCUCCACGGCCAGAGGAUGAAAGAGGCCCACCGGCGCGCGGCCUUGAGGAUCUUCGAACGAGUCAACUCCUCCCUGCUGCCUCAGAAUGUCCUGGAUCUCCACGGCCUGCACGUGGACGAGGCCCUUCGCCACCUGAAGAUCGUGCUGGAGGACAAGAUGGCAGAGUGCCAGCGCAGUGGCGGUAAGCCUCACCUCUCUGUGAUCACGGGAAGGGGAAACCGCAGUCAGGGAGGAGUUGCUCGCAUCAAACCGGCCGUCAUCGACUACCUCACUCACCACGACUUCAGGUUCACGGAACCCAAACCAGGACUCCUGCUCAUCUCUCUCAGAUAACAGACAUCUUGACAGUGCCACAGAAGAGCGGCUGUGAAGUGCAAUGGACAAUGUGUUUUAUUUUUAACGUGAAUUUAUAUAGUAUUACUUGCAUACAUGGUUUUUAUAUAUAUAUAUGCAUUCCUAUUUGUAUAUAUUUGGACAUGUAUGCUUAUACAUCUGUAUUUUUAUAGUACUCAUUAGACCAAAUACUAAUAUAAUGAUGUUAUGAAUACAUUUUAAUAUGUGAAGCAGUUUAAAAAAAACUUUUUAUUAUUUUUUUUAUAAAUUGUUAAUGAGUUUAUUAUUAUUUUGAUUGGGGUACAAUUCUUAAAAGGCAGCUGCAGUCCAGAUUUUACACACACCAAACUGAUAUUGCAGGUUUUAAUACAUCUAUUUUUAACAUUCCUAUCAUAUCACUGUUACGGUUUAAAAACGUUUUUUUUUGUGUGUAAAUGUACAGUAAUUGCCGUCUUAAUUUGGAGGUUUUAAAUUGGGGUGGCUUUUAAUAUGUUUUUUUUUAAUUAAAGAAACAUUUAAGUCUUAGUACGUUAGCUGCUUUUGAAUUGUUUGUACUUUCAGAAUUUGUUUUGGUUGCUGUAUAACAGGACGGUUAACGUGGAUAAAAAUUGUCAGCACCUCUGUGACCAUUCGGGAUUUUAUUUAGCAAGGAAGGCCAGGAGCAGCUCCACGGAUUUGGACACUCGAGUAGAACAGAUGGGAAUGUUUAGCUGAGUACACCUUCAUGAAUAGUCAGUGUAGCAGCACGCUCUGUCCCAGAUCUCAGGGAAUAAUACUCACAACUGCGGCUUGUUUGUCAGACACGCCAUUAAUGACACAUCCUCCAUUUUCAUGAACAGCGUCUCUCCUUUUCUCAUUGUUCUCGGCAGUUUCUCAUGCAAAAAUAGGGUUUGGUUUUGAUUUCAGAAUGGUUCUUUUUUGUUGCUGCCUCCUCCUUUGUUAAAUGCAGUCCUGGCUCUUGAAGUAAAAACAUCUAAAUACCUCUGUAAGUAUUCUAACAUACAAUGUGUGUAUCUACAUCCCUAAUGCCUGUCGGAGGCUGCUAAUUGAGCUUGCACACAGAUUGGCAGUAGCACAUAAAAAAAGAAGGCAGUUCACACACUGUUUGCUGUUGCAUCUUGCAGGUCUUUCUUCAUACUUCUGCUGUUCCACUGGGCAGAAGGCAGGAGGCUCAGAAUAGCUCCCAGCACCAUCGACUGAGUCUGCCAUCAGGGAGAGGGGUUGAAGUUAGUGGUAACGUGCUCGUUCGUAAUACCUUCCCUAGUGGAAGAAAUCCUAACUGCCCAGGGAAGGAUCUUUAAAAGUAAUUAGCAUCUCAAUCAAAAUUUCUGCUUUCCUGUCUGUCAUAGUGCCUCUUCAAGCGUCUGAUUCGAACCGGUGUUUCACAGAGAUGAUUUCUCUGAGGGAAGUUUAGCUGUUUCUUUUCCGAAGCCAGUUAGUUUUGUAUUAUUUUUUAAGAAAAUGUCCCUCAGUACUAAGCUGUUCUCUAAGGUGGCACGCUUUAUUGAAAGGCAUCGUUUAGAAUUGCUUUUCGAUCAGCCUGGUCCGGGUGGAGUUAGUGUCCAUCAGAAACAUUGUGAUAUCCGCUGAAGAGAACAGAAAAAGCGCUGUCAACAGAUUUUGCACUUGAGAACAUGUUUCUCUGUAGACCGGCGAGCAAUUGCCAGAGAACAGGCAGUCAAAGAAACCUCAAAAAAACUACCUGUGCUGGAUGGCCACCAACUAACUCCGCGUUCUUAAAGAUCAAACACGACAAGUUUAAAAAUCACUUGUGUGUCAAAUUCUGUGUGUGCCCUCUUAUCCCUCUUCUGAUUUGCAAAGCAUAAUGGUACUUGUGAAAGAUUAUUAAUUAAAUGUACAAAUGUAUCUGCCUAUUUAGUCAUGUCAGGUAGCUUGUUGUGACUUAAAGAUGUCAGUUAGAAGUCAUGGUGUCACUUCUGCUCUGGCCUGUAUUGUUUCUGAGGCGUCUUUCAGGCAGUCCUGCACUGCCCUUCAGCAGCAGUGAAACCCAGUGUAGAAGCGGGCUCUCUGAUGACGUCACUUAACACAUUUGGUUGUUGCUCUUCUGAUAGUCAUAAUGAGAGACUGAUGAAAAUUUCCAAGACAGAACUUGAAACACAAUGGUUGGCAAGAGCUGUGCAGGACUCUGUUGAAACAGGCAUGCAGUUCAUGGUUGUGAAAACGAACGCAAUACCCCACAGAAAGAAAGUCUUUUAGGAAUCGCUCCUAAAGCUCAUCACGCCACGUAACCACGCCAUUCCAGCCAUUUUGCUUUCACGAGGUUCCGUUUUUUACGCAUUUUUCUGUUCAUGUUGUGCAGCUCCUCAAGAGCUCUAAUAAAUUCACUUGGUGUUUUUAAGGCAUGAGCUUUGAUACCUCAGUAUUAUUACCAAGAAGGAUUAGAAGUGCCAUUUAAAAUAUCUUAUUCUUCUUUUUGGGACCCACAUGAUCUGGUUUAAGCUGAACGCAAAAUCAUUCUGUCGUAUUUUGUGUUAAACGAGAGGAAUCAAUUCAGUGGAGGCCAUGUUGGUUCCCUGCUUGUUAUGAGCUCAGUCUAAGUCAAUCCUGGUCAUGUCAGACAUCUAGCAACCACACUGUGUGAAGCUAUGGACACAGUUAAAGUAUUUUCCAAGUCUACAAAUGGUACACCACGCAGAGACACUUGGGUUUCUGCACCUGUCUGUGUUUUCUCUUUAGAAUAUUUUUAAAUGGGUGAAAUUGAAAAAUAAAUGUAUAUUUUGAAGCACACUGUUUUU